AAUAAUGUGAAAAUGGCUGCGUUGAAAAGGUGAUAAGAAAAACUAAGUUAGUUGAAUUUGUCCUCGAAAAAGUUUAAAUUUUGCUGCAAGAAAUACAAUUUCGGUGAUAUUCUAUUCUGAUGAUAAACCAUGCAGAAUUUUGAUGAUCUUGACAUAGAGGGACGGAAUCCUUCCCUUAUUUCAGAAGAAGAAAGAGAAAAGGAGGAACACGAUCGUAAAAGAUUACUUAGGAGUAGUGUGACUGCCGAGGAUGGAACUCUUCGACCAGUCUAUUCUGAGACAGAAGACGGUGAUAUUUGGUGUCACAUUUGUAAUAUUGCUUUAUUUGGAGCCCAUAAAUUAAUAAAUCACAAUAUUUGCAAUAGACAUAAAAUAAAAUUAGAAGAAUGGCCAUAUCCUGUAUUGUUAUGGUCAAAACGAUCUGACAUUGUAAAGAAAAGUUCAAAAGGUAUAGGAGAAGUGGCACCAGGUGAGCCAAUCCCACCAGGAAUGGAAGAUCAGAUAUCUAAAAGUACAACUAUUCAAAUGAGUCUAGAUCGACAUAGGAGUUCACCUCUUGUUGGUCUAGAAUAUCUUCUUGAAUUGGUAGAUCCAGAAAGUACUGAACCGAGCUAUACAUGUGUUUUGUGUAAUAAACGUGGUGAUCCUCGUACAGUUAUGGCACACAUUACAAGUUAUAAUCAUCGUAUCACAUAUUUAAAUCGACAUUUUCCUACAAUAUCGCGAGCAAUAGCAGAUCUUCCACGCACAGUUAAUUAUAAACGUGGAGCUAAUGAAAUCUCUGUGUUAGUUGCUAAGAAAAUUGAAGAACAUUUUGGCAGAUUACAGCCUCAGUUGGUAGAUAAAAAUCAAUAUGAAAAAAACAAAGUGCAGAUAAUUAAAAGAAUAUAUCAUCAAGAUUAUCAUUUUCGGGAAACAUCAGAACUUACUUUCAUGGAAGUUUAUGAUGUGCGUUGGGUAACAAAUUUUGAAGAAAAAAUAUCUGAAAUGUCAGUAAAAGACCAAGAAGAUAAAGAACAACUAUUGAAAAAAGAAGAUAGAACAGUUGAUAAAUUAUCUAAGGAUUUAACAAAAAGAUCUGAAACAAAAUCAGAUAUUACAAAAUCUGGAUUCAAAAUACGCAUUUUAACAAAGGAAAAAUUAAAUGCUAUAAGAAAGCCUGACAAAUGUGAGAAAUCAAAAGAUAAUUUAGAUUUAGAAGAAGUAAAAUCUCUAUCGUCUUUAUCUAGUAUCUCUAGUAGUCCAUCACCACGACGUUCUAGAUCUCGAUCUUUUGAUCGGGGUCAAAAAAACACAUCCGGAGAUAAUAGAUAUCGUAAUAAUCAGAAGUCAAAUACGAGAGCACGAUCCCGUUCAGGCGAUCGUAGUAGGUGGAUGAAAUAUAAGGAUCAAGUAAAACGCGCUGAAGAAUCAUUGGAAAGACAAUUAAAAUUCCAUGAGAAAAAUCCAGAAAAACAUCCUGCUUAUCCAGAUGAAUGGAAAAAAUUUUGGAAUCGAAGAUACAAAGAAUUGCAAGCAGAUGGAAAGGAUCCCAGUAAACAUGACUUUAAGCCUGAAUGGAUAGAGUAUUGGAACAAAAGAAUGCGUGAAAUACAUUCGGAACAAUUGGAAUUUCGUAAGGAAGAUAUAAAAAAAAAACUCGACCUUAUGGGGGAUAUCCCUUCAUUUGUACUACAUCAACGCAAGGACAAAUCACCAAUUUGUAAAAAAUCCAGCAUAAACCUAAAAACUGAGAGUGACAAUGAGGUUGAAUACGUGGGAACAUUAAAAAGUAUUCCAAAAUCCAACGAUAGGUAUCAUGAUCGCUUUGGUACACGAGAUUGUGAGCGAGAUAGAGAACGAGAUCGAGAGCGAGACAGAGAGCGUGAUCGUGAACGUGAUCGUGAACGAGAUCGUGAAAGAGACAGAGAACGCGAUCGCGAAGCGAGAGAACGAGAAAGAGAGAGAGAACGCGAAAGAGACCGAGAUCGAGAGUACUAUGCAUAUUCACGAGGUGGUCGAAAUAGUUACAAGCCUUAUUAUGUGCCGCUGCCAUCGAUGUCACGUCCAAUUCGGCCAAGAUAUCAUGCAACACCCUAUCCAAUUACUGAUCAUAAUAAAUCUCCAAGUCCACCUAAAGAAGAGAUGAUAGAGGACUUAGAAAUAAUUGGGUUACUAAGAUUGCUUACUGCUUUAGAAGGUCAAUUAGGUUCGUUAGGACCCAAAAUAGUAUCACUACUCUCAAAGGGUUUGGCAACUGAAAAAAUUAAACCAAAUUCAGCGGAAGAAUUACUAUAUGAUGAAGAAGUUAGUGUUCUCUUUGAAACUGUCAAGGAAAAAUUGAAGGGUCAAUUGUUUGCAGGAAUGAUCGAUAAAGUAGCAAUACCUCCAACGAAGAAUGCUAUUCAGAAUAUAGCACGUCUACUUCACAAUGCAACAGAAAAUAAAAAGAAAAUUGAAGAAGAAAAGAGAAGACAAAAGGAGUUAUUGGAAAGAUCUAGAUCUAUGAGUUUUAUGACAAGAUCAUUAUAUUCACGAACAAUUGAAAUAGAGCCAAGUCGAAAGUCUGAACCAGUGAGUGUUCCUGGUGUAGGUACUGUAGAUAAAAUAGCUAUUGCACAGCAAAUUGCAGCAGCAUUAGUAGCUCAAGGUAGGACUAAUGUAUCCCAAGAAGAAUUAGAAACUUUAAUUAAUGCUGUAGUCGGUAUGGCGGAAGCUUCCAAAAAUUGUGAUAAACCAGUUACUACAGCUGAUUUUGUCAAAGGAUUAACGAAUAAUGCUAAUAAAGAUUCUAGUAAUAGUUUUCGAACUAAAACGCCCGAACCAGAAAAAACAAUUGAUCACGUGGCUAAAAUGGAAAGCCUAUCAGAUGUUGAUUUAAAGGCACUUUUACAAAAUUUCAAAGAACUAACUACAGAAGAACAGCAUGGUUUAAUUAGUUUCUUGAAGAAACUAGAGGCAACAGAUUCUACAAGAGUUGAAAAACUUAGAGCUUAUGUAAAUUUAGGAUCUGCUUCAAAUUCGCCUACAUUAAAACCGAUAUCCCCUGUUAAAGAACGUGAAGAAUCAUCCCAUAAUUUUCGAAAAAGUGUCUCUCCAUUUUCAACUCGAAAAGGUAAUCAUAAUCCUUGUGAUGAUGAAAAUAAAUGGAAACCAAAGUUAGAUAUAUUUGCUGAUGAGGAGGAAGAGGAACAAAGAAAAAAAAUUGAUGAUAAGUCUAAAUCAAAACUAGAUCUAUCAGAUGAUGAUGAUGAUUAUACGUUUGAAGAUAUUUACAAAGCUGCGGAUAAAAAUGUUAAUGAAAAUGCAAAGAAAAGAUCAUUUUCAAGAUCGAAAUCGAACUCGCCUAAGUCUUGGUCACGUUCAAGGUCACGUUCUCCUUCUUUCAAAAAAUUAGACUAUUCAAAAUCUAGUGAUCCUAAUGUUAUUUUAAAUGAAACUAAACGAUUAAUUGCCAACAUUAUGGGUGACUUACCUUCAAAAUAUACAUCUAAAUCACAUUUGUCACCACUUUCCGAAACUUCUCAUUUACAGAACCAAGUACACUCAAUUUCUCUUUUACAAUCUGGCUCUGCAUCAUCAAGCAUUCCAAAUAAUUUUAAUCAAAAUUAUGGAUUAAAUUCAUCCCAAACGAAUUCACAGUUGUCUUAUGCAGGGAAUCAAUUUCAAAAUUUUGCACACCAACAGUCACAAUCAUAUAAUAGUAAUUCUGGAUUUUUAAAUAAUGGUUACAAUAAUUUCAAUCAAGGCUUUAAUAGUAUGGGCAAUCAAAAUCAAUAUAGUGGAGUACCAUCUAACCCAUAUCCUCAAUCAACUUAUGGAGGAUCUUUUGGAGGUCCUCAGAGUGUAAGACCUUCAUCAACUUAUUCACAACAAACAUUUGGGAACUAUUCUCAACAACAACAUUUCUAUUAAUAAAAAAUAGUAUAGCUUCAAUGUUUAUCGUAUAAAUAAUAAUUAUGAGCAAAUUGUGAAUAUCGUGAUGUUGUAGGGGCCAUGUGCAUCAAACUAUAAAUUUUAAAAAAAUUUAUUAAAAAUCUACUUUUAUUAGAGGAAUCGUUAUCUGUUUAAUAAAGAUGCAUGAAUAAUGAUUCAUUUCAAAGUUCAUUCGUAAACUCAAUUUUUUCAAACUUUAGUUUAAAUACACAAUCUGUGUAUUUUUUAUACAAAUGUAUAGAUUUUAUGCAAUUAUAGCAUAACAAACUUACGAUCUUUUGU